AUGGACAAUUCGGAACUUCCUCCGAGUCUAAAGAAGCGCUACCAACCGCGAGUUCCAAGUUCUUCCUGGGUAGGGUCGGUUGUAGAACGACUGCGCUCUGCACUUUAUGCCCCAGGGCCAGAAGAAGAGGAGGAUUCGGGGCCAGAAGAAGAGCUCCAAGGUAUGGUGGGUGAUCGCUCAUUCAAUUUGUUGAACAAUAUCGUUGAACAAACCACGAGCCGAUCAUCGAUAGAUGACUCGUCGAACAACGAGUCUUUCUCCUUAGCAUUACCCGGUACAUGGCCGACUCCACGAGUGAAAAGAGCGCAUAAUAAUAUCCCGAGCCGACAUGGGCUCGGUACACCAAGCACAGGACCGGUCGCCCAGACCGAAUCCACCCCCUGUAGGACGCUACCUAACCAUCAAGGCACUCACAUUGAUUCCGAUCUAUCAUUUGUGAGUGCUGCCGAAGGGAAUCAGUCACUACCUCAUAACCAGAGCGUUCAGGAUGCAUCAUUUAUUACUGCCACAGAGGGAAGUCGCACAUUGGAUAUUUCGCAGCCUGACGAGAGUACGCAACAUGCGUCUUUUGUUACUGCGUCAGAGGAGGAUCGAAGACUCGGGCCUUCCGCAAGCACAUUACAGGCUGAUAGUUCUCAAGUUUCUGGAGUACAGUUCUAUGACGGUUCAACUAUUGGAGAGGGCGACCUGCACGAUACGCCUCAAGAGAUUGACGACUCCCCAGCCAGUGUGGACAUUGAUAUGGAGGAUGAGAUUGAAGAUGUCUCUAUUGAUGAUCUGAAUGAUCUGGAAGCCGAGAUGCUCACGGAUGAGGAGUUUGAGGUCGAAGAGCUCGAUGAAGACGAUAUAAGCGAGGCCUCUGAUCUUGAACCACAGAUCACUGAACCCGAAGAUAUUGAUGCGGAUGACAUGGAAUCUGACGAUAUUGAUGUGGAGGAAAUUGAAACAGAGGAGAUUGAAGCAGAAGAUGUUGAAGCAGAAGAUAUCGACACAGUAUCUAUUGAAGCAGAAGAUGUCGACGCGGAGGAUAUUGAUGACUUCGAACAGUACGAGUCUGAGAUCGCAUCUCACGAGGUCGAGUCUCAAGGAAUCGAGACUUCAUUACCUGGAGGUGGGGACGCUGAUGUGAUUGAUCUGGUAGACGAUUCCCCUGAGUAUGAAUACAUCAAUAAAGAGGAGUAUGUUGCAACCGACCAUGAUCAAGGGCCCGUAGAGCCGCAGUAUGAGCAAUGGGACAGCUACAAUGCACAGCAGCUAGCGAAUAUUUUCACGGCCAUUGAGAAUGCUGAUACGGCAGGCUUUGAAAAUCUGGGACCUGGGUUCUCUGCUGAAGCUGGGCUAGAACUAGCAACAUUAGAACAGGAAACUGAACCUAAUGUAGAGCACAGUCUCAACGUUGAACAAACUGAGACAGCUCAUAAUGAUAACCCACAUGAACACCCAUCUGAAGACUCGCAUGCCGCCAGACCAAAUGCCACCGACGAAUCGGCGCCAGAAACAGUUGAAUCAGCUUCUAGUGACCAUCUUGUUUCACAAGGGUUUGAACCAGAAGAUACGCGAGUAGGUUUUGAUAUUACUAUUGGGCUGGAUGAAGAGCCUGCAGACGUUAUGGACGCCCUACCAGAAGCUGAAGCGCCCGAGCCAGUUGAGCCAGUUGGGCCAGUUGAGCCAGUAGCAGAAUCAGCAGACGAAAACGCCAAAACCGACCCUUUCGAGAAUGGCGACUACGGGUUGUGGAAUCUGUUUCGAGUGGGAUUCACAGUCGCACCAGGACAAGGCAAUGUGCGUUCACCAUGUACAUUUCAGGAACCACUUGAGGAAAAGGCAAUGCUCAAGUCCAUGGCUGAGGAGGCACUAUUUUUAUGUUCGCGAAGCAGUUUAUUCGGCGGCGCAUCAACUCUUAGUCGAGCACCUACCCAUGCACCAGAGCCAGCACCCAGAUUUAUUCCUCAAAGUAAUCCUCGGCGUGAUUUAAGCAAGAAGGCGUUUGAUCUGCUUCUCCAGGCGCCGUUGUUUGGUGGAACAGCAUCUGAGCUUCCGCCGGCCAAGAAACCGAAAAUGCCAGAGAGGAAGAAACCAUUACCAAAACAAACAGAGACUUCAUCUGAGCUGGUUAUACCUAAAACCCGGCGACACAGUCGUCGUCUCGCCAAGUCGACCGACCCGAAACCGCCAGACGCAGAAUGUCUGGAAGAAUCAACCGAGGCCACAGUGCCUGUAACCCCAAUUGAAACACCAAUGGAAGACGUUCAAGAAUCUCAAGGCGAUAGAACGCCAACAGGACGCAAACGCAGAGCGAAGACGACGCCGGCGUCGUGUGCGAAGAAACGAGCUCGCCGCACAUCUCAGGCAUCCCCCGCGGAACGAAGACGAACACUUCGUAAUGGCAAGACCCUGCCUGAGCCAGAGUAA